CUUCUUUAUUCUUUCUCUGUCUCCCUUUUUUUUAAUGCUCUUUAAUGAAAGAUUCAAAACCAAUGCGUCAACCUUCAAGUAGACGUAUUAUUUGGGUUGCAUUUGCUAAAUUAUGCACAUUUCCAUUUCCUGAUGCUUUCUUAAAACUUUUAGGUUUAUCCACACAAGUGAGACGUCAAGCCUGGAGAGAAAAAGUUGCGAUAUUCACCUUGUAUAUUUUAAUAUCUGGACUAUUUUGUUUUUGGUUGGAAUUCAUCACCACCUUGUUUUGUGAUCCACCCAAGACUUAUGACUUUAGAGACGUCUAUACACCCACUUCUCACUACUCCACCAUCAACGGACAAGUGAUCGAUUGGAGAAAGUAUGGAAAUAGCAGUGAAAUGACGAAGCAAGCCAAUAUAUACCCUCAACUUGACCUAUCACCCAUGUUUCCUGCAUUCAUGCUACUCCAACGACCGACUGGACAAAGGAGCUACAACCACAGAAUCCUCGAUGACUGUAUCAAUGGGUUCAAUCGUUCAGAACAAGCAGAUAAAUGGCUCAACUAUAAGUUAACCCAUGAUCCUGGUUAUCGAUUUGAAAAUGGACAAUUGCUAUCUUGUCCCCUUCCGACACAUCGUAAUAAGACAGGAGCACCCUGCUUUUACACUGUAACAGAUCAAUAUCAAUUGGCUACGUAUCCAAAAAAAGGAGCUGUUAGUUAUGACAAGUUUUACAUUGAAAACAAUUGUACGACAGUACCCCGUGAAGGCGUGGCGUCUGGCAGAGCUUAUGUUAUUUUGGAUAACAAAGUACUGGAUGUGACAGAUUAUCUACAAGGAGCAACCAACGUUGUGAAAGUAGCACGAGAUAUAUACUCUCGUGCCAUUGCCGUUGACCGUAUGUUUCUACCACUCGACUUGACCGUGAUGCUAUUUAUCAAUCUUGGCAAAGACAUCACCAACUCAUUCAACGACCAGAUUCCGAGCCCAGCCCUCUAUAAAGAAUGUCUCAACACCCUCUUUUAUCAUGGCGUCGUCGACGGUAACACAGAAACCGGAUGUGCACACAUCAAUGUCGCUCUCUGGAUCACCAUGGGCUGUUUCCUGCUCUACUUUUUGCUCAAGAUGAACCUUGCCAAUCUCACACGACUCAAGUUUGUCCAACGGUUUCUCUUUCAAUCAAGGAGUAGCCAUCUCGUCAUGUCUUUCAUGCCAUACACUCUCUUAUUUGUCCCCUUCUACUCAGAGUCGGCCGAAACAAUCCGCCAGACCGUCGACUCACUCGCACGCACCAGCUACCCAGAUUCACGAAAACUUCUCUUUUUUGUAUGUGAUGGUAUCGUCAAGAGCAAAUCAGCUGCCAAGGACAACUAUCUCUGCCUGUUGGACGCCCUCGGGUACAGUUCAGCCAAGGACCCCGAGCUGAGGGCAUAUGUCUCGCUCGGCCAAGGAUCCCGCAAGGUGAAUUUUUGCAAAGUCUAUGCAGGCUUUUACGAAUCGGGUCGUAAUCGUGUGCCGUUCCUGAUGGCUGUCAAAGUAGGUUCACAACGAGAAGAGUAUGACCAGAAACGAGCACCAGGAAAUCGAGGCAAGCGAGACUCGAUGCUGAUCGUCCUCAGCUUUUUGGAACGGUGUCUCAAUUUAGCUCAUAACCGGAUCAGUCCUCUCGAAUUUGAGCUCUUUAAUCAGUGUUAUAACUUGCUCGGCAUCGAUCCACGUAUGCUCAAGUACAUGCUCGUGACCGAUGCGGACACGCAGGUCCAAGACGACGUCGUUCAUCGUCUCGUGUCCAGACUGGAAGCUGAUCCCAAGAUGUUGGCUGUGAGCGGGCAUGUGCGGCCGGCGAAUCCUGAAGAGAACCUGAUCACGAUGCUUCAGAUCUUUCCAAUCUACAUGACCUAUUAUUCUGGACUGGCUUAUGAAGCCUGUUUAGGCGGACUGACGACAUUGAGCGGUGGCUUUGUGAUGUACCGACUGUGGACGCCAGAUGAAACGAGGCAACCCAAGUGGCCCAAGGUGAGCGAUGAGAUUGUGGUGAGCAGUAGCAGUACGGUGUGGAAAAAGAAUCCAUCAGUUCCAGUCAGUGGAAGCAGUAGCAGUAGUAGCAGCAGUGAAGAAGAUGUCCAACAGGCGCGUCGUCGCCGUCGUCAUCGUCGCCGCCAUCAUAAAAAAUCUGAAAAGCCUGCUGAAGUGGAUCAACGUGUUGCCUUGGUGCAAUCCAUUAGCCUACCGUCUCAGCCUCUGGAUGUUCAACCUGUCUGUAUUCACCCAACCGUUCUCCGUGGCUUUGCCGCACCUCGUCCUGACACACUACAUAUGGAAAACAUACUCCUGCUCGGUGAGGAACAGUACUUUAGCAUUGUUCUGCUUCGAUCGCAUCCGAAUCACUGUUUUGGCUUUGAGCCUGAAGCGAUCGCAUAUGCCACUCUUCCAACGCAUUUCCUUGCCCUACAGGGUCUCCAGAUCCGUAACCUACGAGCGACCUUACACACCCAGGUCGAGUUCCAGCACACAGCAAAGCAUCUGGGCAUCAUGUACUGGAUCAUGUCACUCACCAAGCUGCUCGACAUGAUCUUUUCUAUGCCCAUCAUCGUCUACCUCUACAACGUCUUCAUCCGGUACUUUCUCGACCAGGACCUGGCCUAUGCCAUCAUCGCUGGUUCGUUUGCCGGGCUGAUCGUGUUACACAUCUUUUAUUUUAUGCUGCGUCGACAGUUCAAGUACAUCCUCUGGUUCAUCCUCUACUGCGCUAUCGGUGUACCCCUCUUCCACGUCUACUUCCCGCUGCUGGCAGUGUGGUGUUCUGAUUACUCUCACCGAUGGUACGAUGUCUGGCCAACCCAACAGGACGGGUAUCACGGACGACUGCAUGGCAUCAUUGACACGGACGAGCCAGAAGACAACCAGACGACCGUCAGCCGGAUGCGACUGAGCGAUUUUGAGAUUCUCGAGGCAGAAAAGACAGCACAGCGAGAAAAGGAGCAGGCGGAUAUGCUCGAUGCCAAGUUCCAUGGCUUUCAAGGCUACGUCGGUCGAUCCGAGGGCAUUACCUUGCCCCCGCUGGCACAGAUUCGACGACACCAGCGGUAUGGAUCGGCAGGCUCGGUGCAGAGCAACCCGUUUGUGUCGUCGUUGGAUAGUCCGCUUGACGAUGAAGCCAGUCUUCUUUCUAGGACAACCACAUCCUCACAAUCAUCCAUUCAUAGACAGCAUGAAAUAGAUAGAGAGUCAUGUCAUUAUUCACUGUCCAAUUCGGUCAUCAGCUUAGAAUCUUAUCCUAUAGAUGAAGAAUCGGCUGAAGGAAGAAGUGCACCUGUACACUCAAAAAUUGCAUCUCAUUAUUAUUCAUAAAACCAAUUAUUUCAAUAAACAUAUACAUAUAUAUGCUC